CCCUCGCCCAGUAGAGGCUGCGGGAGAGAGCGCGAUGGGCCGCGGCGGUGGGCGCACGUUCCGCGGGGACUCAUGCCACGCGCGUCCCGUCCCGACGCGCAAUUAGCAGCCACCUCCGCAGCCCGCCGCCACCGCCUCCCCGCCCUCCCGGGCUGCCGCAGCUAGGAGCUCCAGCCAUCGCCUCGCGCAGGCUGCGGGCAUUGUCCUCCCGGUUCGCCGCCCGGGCUGCUGCUGCUGCCGCUGCGGACUGCUGCGGAGCCCCGACCCGCGCCCCAGGGACACGCCGCCGCCGCGGGCCGGCCCGGCGCCCGGCCCCCGCUCGGUGGUUUCCGCCCUGCGUUCUCUGGGCUACUCUCUCCUGGGUUUUUCCUGAGGAGCUGAGGAAGGGGAAGAGAAGUCUAGCCGCCAAGCCCAGCCUUCUCCGGCGGGCAGCCCCGACGGGGCCGCGGCAGGCGCGGCGAGAGCGCUGACGGAGCCAUGAGAGAGUACAAAGUGGUGGUGCUGGGCUCGGGCGGCGUGGGCAAGUCCGCGCUCACCGUGCAGUUCGUGACGGGCUCCUUCAUCGAGAAGUACGACCCGACCAUCGAAGACUUCUACCGCAAGGAGAUUGAGGUGGACUCGUCGCCGUCGGUGCUGGAGAUCCUGGAUACUGCGGGCACCGAGCAGUUCGCGUCCAUGCGGGACCUGUAUAUCAAGAACGGUCAGGGCUUCAUCCUGGUCUACAGCCUCGUCAACCAGCAGAGCUUCCAGGACAUCAAGCCCAUGCGGGACCAGAUCAUCCGCGUGAAGCGGUACGAGCGCGUGCCCAUGAUCCUGGUGGGCAACAAGGUGGACCUGGAGGGCGAGCGCGAGGUCUCGUACGGCGAGGGCAAGGCCCUGGCUGAGGAGUGGAGCUGCCCCUUCAUGGAGACGUCGGCCAAAAACAAAGCCUCAGUAGACGAGCUGUUUGCCGAGAUCGUGCGGCAGAUGAACUACGCGGCGCAGCCCAACGGCGAUGAGGGCUGCUGCUCGGCCUGCGUGAUCCUCUGAGGCGGCCGCCGCGCGCCGGCCGCGCUCUGCGCACAAAAGCCAAACGCAUCCGACUCUCUAAAUGUGAUUUCUUUCUUGCUUUGAGAUUGGAGACCACUUUGCAUUGACCAGGGUGUCUUGGGAGCCCGGCUGGCCUCCGCGGCCGGCGUCCCCUGCCUCCACCCUGUACCCGAGGGGGUGUCCCGUCCUGCCCAUCCGAUACUCUGGUGGAAAUGUGGUUCUUUGCAGCAUGUACGUUUCUCCCUGAUUUUGGUUGAUGCAUAUUUCCCCGUUUAAGUAGCCGUUAGGGCGCAGUAUCGGCAGCUUGACACCCACCAAGCAAAAGUUUCAGCCUGGAAAAAAAAUGGGAGGGGGGAGGGAUGGAGGAAAAGGAGGGGGAGAAGGUGGAAAUGGUUUUUUUUUUUUUUUUUUUUUUUUUUUUUUUGGUCAACAACCGUUUUUCUAGUUCCAAGUUUUAAAUACAUGGAAGGAAGUCCGGGAGAACCAUAUGAAGGAGCAGGAGGAGAGGAAGAAACUUUUGUUUUUUUCCUUGUUUUCCAGGAGUAGCUGGAAGUUAAGAUUGGGUUCCUUUUCUGCCAGCUUGGAAGGGCAACCCCAUGACUGAUUGCGAUUCUGAGGAUGUCUAUGCAAAGUUGGAUUCUUGUUACAGUGUAUCCAAUCUGAAGUAUUGCACAUCUGAACUGGGACUGUUAACACUGAUGCCAAUACAGUGUGGGGUGCCAGGAAGUGUCUGCUGGUAUUUGUUUGUGGAAAAAAAAAUCUAUUUUGUUUACCUACUGUAUCAAAGGGGAGUCUGGGGGAGAACGGUAGUAUUUUUUUUUUUUUUUUUUUAUCAGCUGUGAAAAAAAUGUUACAGAUCUGCACAUUUUCGUGUGUACUAUGGUGUGUGUGUGUGUGUGUGUGUGUGUGGUGUGUGUGUGUUUUAAGUUUAGCCUUUUGUUUUUGUUUUUUGGUUGGCAGUAACCGAUUUUAAUGACUAGCUUUUUAAAAUACAGUACAAAGACUUUGUAAAUGUGAUUCAGGGCCCCCAGCACCCCUGUGUCUGCAGAGUGCCUUCAAAACUCAGCUGUUCCAGCCGGUGCCAACCUGUGAACUUCCCACCAUAUCCCAGAAUCUGCUAUUCCCCAAACCACUUCCCAGUUUCCUUUCAAUAAUCUUUCAGAAGGAGCCAGGACAAUAGGGCCUGUUGUUUAGUGAAUUUCUUUAUUAUUUUCAGCCUUUAAAAUGUAAUUUCCAUCUCUUGCAAUGAAUUUGUUUCCUUUUUUUUUUUUUUUUGCUUCAUUUUGCUUAAGUUUUCAGGUAUUUAGCUCCCCUUUUAUAUUAUUUUUAAAUUUUUAAAUUACCUGUUGUAGGGUGUUCCUCCAGAAGCAAAGAGCAAAAUUUUACUGUUGCGAUGUACCAAUUCUAACUAAUUGUAAUUUUUAAUUUUAUGCGUUUAAUCAUUGUCUCUUCAUUUUAAGACUUUUAAUACAAAUGUCAUUUUUAAAGAAACCCAAAACUAUUGUUUGUGUUUCUGUGUUUCAUAUUCAGUGAUUUAAUACAGUAUCAUGGCUGAGGUGGAUGGGGUAGGUGCAUGAUACUCUCCCGAGCUAUUUGUGAAAUUUUAAAGACAGAAGUGUCUCAGUGACAAGAUGGAUGACACUACUCCCAACUUUUUAAAUUUGGAGAAAACCAUCAAGGUCGAGGAAGCCCUGGGUAUGGCCAUUACCAUCUGAUUAGAAGAUGAACAGGUAUUUUGAAUCUGAUCUGAUGUGGAACAGUUUACCUCAUUGUAGGUAGGGAACAAGAGAACCCAUCUAUUAAAAUUGCCUUAGAUCUGGGAAAGUAACCAUCCAUCUGGCAAAGUAGGAUGGCGCUUUAAAAUUUUUCUUCCUUUUUUCCCCAUGUUUAUAUCACACAUCAAGUCGAAAACAUGUUUGGGAAAGAUGGUUUUCAAUUCUUAAGUUAUACCUAGUGAUGUUUUUUGCAGUACAUUUGAGUAGGUUGUGGACACUGUCUCAACCCUUUUGAGGUUUUGAUUUGGAAAUAGAUUUAAAAGAAAACAGGCUAAGAUAAUAUCCUUGUUCUCCUUUACACCCUGCAGUUUGGACCAUAUUUGACCUCAUAAGUUUUUCCUUUUAACAGUAGGAGGCAGUGUGAGCUUUUUAUUUUUUAUUUUUCUUAAGGUGGUCUUAGUAAUAUAACGUGUUCAUACAUAUCAAGAGAGUACUUGGUAUACCUUAGGUCUAUGAAGUGCAGCUGAAAUCUGAAGAGUCUUGACAAAGGGAUUUAUACUCUUAACAAAACCAAAAGAAAUUACAGGCCACAGAUUUCUUUAAAGCUGUGUUAACAUAUCUUGCCUUAAAAUGUGUGUGUGUGUUUUUGCUUUGCUUUUUUUGUUUUUGCCCAGGAGGCAUCUUGGUACUCCAGCAAUGGAGGAAGAAUAGAAGUUUUGCCUGGCGAUGGUCCUACUGCCAUUUUUUUUUUUUUUUUCCCACUCUGAUCUCACUUAAGUUUGAUAUCAAACACAAUUGGGAGACAAUAGUAUCAAUAUUCUAAAUGUAGAAAUUAAAAGAUACUGUAUAAAUUUA